AUGCCACCUCUACGGCAACAAUCCACACCCACACCUACACCCACAUCUACACCCAUAUCCACAUCCACACCCACACCCACAUCCACAUCCACACCCACAUCCACACCCACAUCCACAUCCACACCCAUAUCCACAUCCACACCCACAUCUACACCCACAUCUACACCCAUAUCCACACCCAUAUCCACAUCCACACCCAUAUCCACACCCACAUCCACACCCACACCUACACCCACAUCUACACCC